AUGCCGGUGAUGGAGAAGCUCAAAAUGUUUGUUGUCCAAGAGCCCGUCGUGGCGGCGUCUUGCCUCAUAGCCGGAGUUGGUUUAUUCCUUCCAGCUGUCGUGAGACCUAUUUUGGACUCGUUUGAGACACCCAAGCAAGCCCCUCCAGCCGUUUUGAGUGAUGUCGUUGCUGGUAUGACGGCCAAGGAUGAGCUUGGAAACUCGGGUUUGUGA